AUGGAUCUCGAUUACGAUUCUUGCGCUCAGUUUCUGGCGAGGCUUGAGGCUGAUCCGGAAAAUCUCAACACCGACAUCAAUACCACCCCGAACAACGUUAAAAACUCGAAUCCUAAUAAUAACUUGGGAGGAUCUCCUGCUAGCGUGCUUGAUACCUCUCCCAUCGAUAACAGGAAUUCUGCCUCCCCUCCGGGCCUGUCAUCCGGCUCCGUUACAUCUCACUCGCCCGAAUCGCUUCGUUUCGACUACGACAUCACCUGGAAUCCGAACGACGCCGCUUUCUUUUCGCCGAUUGACGAGGGGAUUCUGUCCAGCCAGGCUUGGGAUCUUAUGUCAUCGCAGGGGCAACCGUCGAGCCAGCAACAGGGUCGGGUAGUUACGCCGCUCGGUGACUAUAUCAAGAUUGAGAACGACAACUCCCCGGGCCCUUAUUUCAGGAACUCUCAACAAGCAACCAUUUCCCCCACCCAAUCUUUGAUUGACCCCGCUACACAGACCGCGCUGGAGGGGGCAUAUUCAUUCGGGAAGGAGGGUGAUUCGUUGUUCAACUUCAAUAACUAUGGGGGUUCUGGGUCGGUAGGGCAGACGACUCGGGGGGAUAAUAACCCCGAGUCGUAUUCCCCGUUGGCAUGGAGAAAUCAACCUCAGCAACGGGAGGAUUUUACAGCUAUCGGAUGGCAAUCCCCUCCCCAGGCCCAGCAAGUUUCCCAGCAAGUUUCCCAGCAACGACAACAACGACAGCAGCAAACACCCCAAUCACAAGAGCCGACGCCCAUGGUGAACGGCCUCUCACCCUCAUCAUCACAUCACACUUCGACCAGCCCAGACUCCCGUGCCCACGAUUCGCACAGCGAUGACAAUGCAAUCCCUCGCCCGAAGAAACGGAAGACCAGCACCGACGACGCACCGGAUGGUGGCGCCUCGGCCUCAGCACCCACCACUGGCCGGAAACACCAACCGAAGAAAACGGCCCACAACAUGAUCGAGAAGCGAUAUCGGACUAAUCUUAACGAUAAGAUUGCGGCCCUGCGGGAUUCAGUUCCCUCAUUACGGGUUAUGGCCGGUACUUCGAAAUUGGGCGAGGACGACGAUGAAGAAGAUCUCGAGGGAUUGACGCCUGCACAUAAGCUCAAUAAAGCUACCGUCUUGGCGAAGGCCACCGAGUAUAUCAGGCACCUCGAGAAGCGGACGAAGCGACUGCAAGACGAGAACGAUCAAUUGAAGAACCGGCUGGCAGCGUUUGAGAAGUUGGCUACCAUGGGCGGUUCGAUGGGAGGCGCUGGUCAGUCGGGUGGUGGGUCUAGGGGCGGUGGUGGUGGCGGGCCCGGCGGUGGUUUGAUGAGUAGGCUGAUGGUGGGGAGUUUGGCGGGUUUGAUGGUUGCAAAUGGGUUGCAGGAGCAGGAAAAUGGAACCCGUCAACUCACUGCUUUCCCCACCGCGAUCGUGCAGAUGUUCGGUAUCCCCGAGUCUUCGGCUACAGCUGGGAGUCAUCUGUUUUGGCUGGCUUUCAGGAUGGUACUUCUCGUUUCGGCAGUUAUAUAUGUCAUCCUCCCAAGCUUUUUCGACUCCAGGACCAAGGAAAAGUCAAAGUCCAACACAUUCAGCACCGCUGCCUUAUCGCCUGUCCCGUCUCUGGCUUCAUCCUUGGAGGUUCGUCGUACCGCAUGGCUUACUGCUAUCCAAUCGGUUUGGGUGCCCCGUCAUUCUUUCGCGCUCGAGGUCGCUGCGUUGGCCUGUAAAACUUUGAAGCUCAGUCUCCGCAAGCUCAUCGGGUGGAACGGAUAUGCUCUGCUUACUGGCAUGACCGCGGAGCAUGAAGCUGCUCGGAUCAAGGCAUGGUCUAUUGCUUUGGAUGCUCAACUUGCCGGAGGUGAUGCUACUAUCACUCACUCGAGACUUAUACUCACCCUUUUGGCCUCUUUAACUUUACCGGCAACCCCAAGUCGUUUGAUGCUUAACGCCCUCCAUAUCAGAGUACUCUUUUGGGAUCUUGGAAGCACCUUCGAGGCCUUUGCCAACUGGCUUGCUAACUAUUAUUGGCUUGAGGCGAGAAACGUUCAGCAAAAGAGUUCGGAUGGUACCGAUUCCUCGGCCGAGAGCCUUCCGGAACACCUUGCCCGCCUCCUUUGUCUCGAACCCAACGAAGUCCUUCACAGCAAGAUCAUUCAGAAAGCCUACAACCUUGCUUACGACAGGGGGACUGGUGAGAAUUGCGAAGGCUACGACGAAGGUAUGGACACCGUUGUUGAGGACGAGUCAAUCCGUUCGCCACUGGAUGCUGUUGCCGCCUGGUAUUCUAGCUUGGUCCUCCAAGGAGUUCUUGCCGCAAAUCUUAAAGCCCGAAACAGUAAACUCACCCGAAGAAUGAUUGCCGAAGACCUCGAGACCGCAUUGGGCGUUGCUCCACCAAACAGCAAAGCCCAACUCCGAACUUUGGUCGCGAAGGCAAUGCUGGAAGACAAAGACGACGGUACUGUUCUCCGCGCAGCACUCAAAGCUUUCGAGGAAGACAUCCAGCCCCACGAAUCAACCCCCGGCGGUGUUUCCCGAAUCCCGGUAUCCAGACCCCACGUCCCCACAGCCAUAACAACAGACAUCAAAAUCGCCGUCCGCUGCGCCAUGGCCCUAAACCUCCUUCGCAACAGCUCCCGUGCCGGUGCCAUCCGUCUCUUCAGCGAACUCGACUGGCAGGCUCAGGAAUCCGGUGACAUUAAGAGCAAGCUUGGUCUCCUUGGCUUUGCGGCUAUCUGGAGGACACUUAAUCGAUUCAUUGCUAGCGACGAUCGCUGGGCUGUGGAUGCCGGUGAAAGUGUUGAUAAGGCCGCGGGCGUGCUUAGGGUUUGGAUUGGGGGGAAGAACGUGUCUAAGCGGGCCGGUGUGCACAAGGAUGAUUGCAAGAAGGUCAUUGACUUUUGCAAUUCUCUGCAGAAGAGGUUGGCUGGCUUGUCGGAUGACUUGGACGAUGGGUAUGCUAGUGGGGGGUUGGACACUCAGAGGAAGAAUGCCGGGGUUGUUGCUGCUUGAGGAAUUUUUGUUUUGUUUUUCUCCGCCAUCUCUCUGCUCUUUUCCUUUGAGUCGUCUCUUGGAAAAUGCCUCUUUUGUGUGUGUACACUAGAUUCAUUGGUUGGUUACUUUUGGGGGGAAUUUCACUUUAUUUUUUCCUUUCAAAGGAAACGGUGCGUAACUUGUCAUGUCAGGAUGAGGUCGAGUUAAUUGGUUGGCUCGGUUUUGUCUCAUUUUAUUUGUUUGCUUCAUCUACCAAAGCUUUUUUUUCUUUCGAUACCUUUCCUUUCGGUUGCCUGGGAAUAUCCUAUCCUGUGUUGACGUUGUCUUUUUUACAUUUCUUUCUGGAAUAACGGAAUUGGGGAUUUUUUUUUUCUUUUUCAAAUUGCAGUUAGACUACAACUUAGUUUAACUACAAGUAUCGUAUUCAUUGAUUUAGUUCAUUCGUAUCAUACCAUUUCAUUUUGAGUUGACUGAGUUAUUUGCGAUAUCCAUUCUUGUUUGUAGCGUAUCAAUUGAUUGAUUAAGUUAAGGCUGGCUUUCGGUUCGGUGUUAUAUUUCAUUUGGCGUUGGCAUAGUACUCGUACAUGCACAGAAGUUGGGGCUUCUGCUUCUUCUCACUCUUUUUUCUACAUCUGGUUUGGGAGGAAAGACCUUAGACCUUAGACAACACUGUAUGUGUAUAAUACUGCAUACCUUAUGGUACUGCGCUUGCUCUCAUCGGUUGUAUCAAAUACCGGUAUACCUCCCGUUGCCCAUUUACAGUUCUGGGCUCUCCGC